CGUAAUCAUUGUCAGGAUUUCUACCCGUAGACGGCGUUACCAUGGCUCCUCUGCUCGGCGCAGUAACCCGUCUAUUCUUUGCCAUCCACCUACCCGUGCUUCACACUGACCUUGAGGUCAUGGGAGGACUCUGGAACUGCCAAUCGGCGGUCAAGAAGGCGGACUCGAUUUCAGCCUACGCGUCCCUCAUGACCCUUCACUUCCUGGCCCUGACAGAGACCUGGAUCACUCCAGAGAACUCUGCUACUCCUGCUGCCCUCUCCACCGUCUACUCAUUCUCGCACACCCCUAGACCAUCCGGGCGAGGAGGGGGGACCGGACUCCUCAUCUCGCCCAUGUGGUCCUACCAGGUCCUUCCACUAGAGCACCUGGCCAGAUCUGCGUUUGAACUCCACGCUGUCACGGUCACCAUUCCUAUCAAGCUCUCCAUUGUGGUGAUCUACCGUCCUCCAGGUCCCCUCCGUUACUUCUACGAUGAGAUGGAUGCCCUCCUCAGCUGCUUUCCUGAGGAUGGCACCCCACUCUUUAUCCUCGGCGACUUCAACAUCCUGCCAGAGAAGUUGCACUCACCUAAACUAACCAACUUUUUCGCCACCUUUGACUUAACAUUAACCACUUCUCCUCCCACACACAGGGCCGGGAACCAGCUUGACCUAAUAUUCACCAGGUCCUGCGGCGCCUCUGCUCUCUCCGUUACCCCGCUCCCUUUGUCCGACCAUCACUUUGUGGAUUUUUCUCUCCCUUUGAAAUCCUCUCCCCCCCUCCUCUCUAGUUCCAACAUUGUCACCACUCGCCGUAACCUCAAAUCCCUCUCUCCCUCUAUGUUUGCCUCUACUGUUCUGUCUUCACUACCUUCUAUCGAACGAUUCUCUCAACUAUCUACAGAUGAAUCUUCAGACACUCUGCUAUCCUCCCUCUCCUCCUCCUUGGAUUCCCUCUGUCCCUUCGACUCCAGACCAGCGCGAUCCUCACCCCCCCCGCCCUGGCUGUCCCAUCCUCUGCGGACUUGUAGAACAAAGUUGAGAGCAGCUGAGAGGAAAUGGAAGAGAUCAGACUGUCCUAAUGAUCUAUCUCACUAUCUUUUCUUUCUUCCAGAUUUCCCCUCUUGUGUGUCAACAACCAAAUCUGCCUUCUACCGGAACAAAAUCAACUCCUCUGCCUCAAACCCCAGGAAACUGUUUUCCCUGUUCUCGUCCCUCCUCGUCCCUCCUCCCACUUCAGGCAUUGUUCCAGCGUCUUUCAAGACUGCCAGAAUAAAGCCUCUCCUCAAAAAAACAACUCUUAAAACAACCGACAUCCAGAACUACAGACCGGUAUCUCUUCUUUCAUUCCUGUCUAAAACACUGGAACGUGCUGUUGCUAACCAACUGUCCUCCUAUCUCUCAUCUAACAACCUCCUUGACCCUCACCAGUCAGGUUUCAAGAAGGCACACUCCACCGAGACGGCUCUCCUCAUUGUGACUGAGUCCCUCCAUGCUGCCAGAGCCGUGUCCCUCUCAUCGGUUUUCAUUCUCCUCGACUUGUCCGCAGCAUUUGACACGGUGAACCACCAGAUCCCUCUUGCCGAACUUGGCAUCGCUGAAUCUGCUCUUUCCUGGUUCAUAUCCUACCUGACGAACCGCACCUAUCAAGUGACAUGGAAUGGCUUGUUGUCCAAACCUUGCAUGCUUGAAACUGGUGUCCCUCAAGGCUCUGUACUGGGGCCUCUUCUGUUCUCCCUCUAUACCAGAUCUCUGGGCUUGGUAAUUGCAUCACACAGCUUUUCCUAUCACUGCUAUGCUGACGACACUCAGCUAUUUCUCUCUUUCCCCUCAUCUGAUAAAGCCCUGAUUGCAACACGCAUAUCGGAAUGUCUGGCGGACGUCAGCACCUGGACAACUGCCCAUCACCUGAGGCUUAACCUCAAUAAAACCGAGCUCCUCCUAAUCCCAGGGAAAGAUUGCCCACACAUGGACUUACUGGUCACCCUCGAGAACAUCACUGUAUCUCCCUCUCCAACUGCCAGAAACCUCUGGCAGUUGGUAUUGGACAAUCAGUUAUCCUGCACCGCAAACAUCACUGCGGUGGCCCGAUCCUGCAUAUUUGCACUUUACAACAUCCGCAGAAUCCGGCCCUUCCUCACAAGGGAAGCAGCUCAGCUUCUAGUCAAAUCACUGGUCAUCUCCUGCCUCAACUACUGCAACUCAAUCCUGGCUGGACUUCCUGCCUCUGCGAUUAAACCUUUGCAGCGCAUCCAGAAUGCGGCAGCGCGCCUCGUGUUCAACCUACCGAAGUUCUCCCAUGUGACCCCCCUCUUCCAGGACCUCCACUGGCUCCCUGUAGUAGCUUGCAUCAAAUUUAAGACGAUGGUACUGGCAUACAAGGCAGUCGAUGGAACUGCCCCUGCCUACCUCCAAGCAUUGCUAAAGCCACACACCCCAGCUCGAUCCCUCCGCUCAACUACCUCAGCUGGACGUCUGGUACCGGCAUCGCUAAGGGCUAGCAAAGGCUGUUCAGCAAAGUCACAACUUUUCUCAGUUUUGGGACCUCAGUGGUGGAACGAGCUCCCUGCCGCUUUCAGGACCGCAGAGUCGCUCACCAUCUUCCGGAGACUCAAGACUCACCUGUUCAGAGUCCAC